ACCGGUUUCGACGCAACAGCAUCGAUAUUAUUCAUUUUCAUCUCGACUAUUAUCCCUAGGUCCAAGUGACUACGAGAAUGGUGACAGCGUAUGGUAGCGGCUGGUAGCGGCUGUCGUGAAUGGGCGGCCAGAGUGCAACAUGGCGGACUGCGAGUCGGAGGUGCACCGCUUGCCAGCCGUGAACCAGGACAGCAGUACGAGAAACGUAGCGGCGGCCGUGACAAUGGUGAACAACAACGCGCGCGUACCACAGCAUCCGCCGGCUGCCGGGCCAGAUAAGGACCCGGUCGGCCAAGGGCCGCGAUGUGUAACGAUCUACAAAACGGAGACGGGCUUCGGGUUCAACGUACGCGGCCAGGUCAGCGAGGGUGGACAACUGCGAAGCAUCAACGGCGAGUUGUACGCACCGCUGCAACAUGUCAGCGCGGUGCUACCGCGGGGUGCUGCCGAGAAGGCCGGUGUCCGCAAAGGCGAUCGUAUCCUGGAAGUGAACAACGUCAAUGUCGAAGGCGCCACUCAUAAGCAGGUGGUGGAUCUGAUCAAAUCAGGCGGCGAUGUCCUCACCCUGACUGUCAUUUCCGUGACGCCGCAGGAAGCGGAAAGAUUGGAGCCCUGCGAAGAUCUGAGUUACGCAUCGGUAGAUUACAGCGAGAAGCGAUCUCUGCCCAUCAGCGUGCCGGAUUAUCACGUCCGCGAGAGGAAGCACGAGCGUUAUGUAGUCUUCAACGUCCACAUGGCUGGCAGGCACUUGUGCUCGCGUCGAUAUCGGGAAUUCGCGGCGUUGCAUAUGGCACUGAAGAAGGAGUUCAUAGGGUUCAACUUCCCGAAACUACCGGGAAAAUGGCCAUUCCAAUUGAGUGAGCAACAACUUGACGCAAGAAGACGCGGUCUGGAGCAGUAUUUGGAGAAGGUCUGCGCAGUACGCGUGAUAGCGGAAAGCGAUGCUAUGCAAGAAUUUUUGACGGAUCGACUGGAGGAGGAUGGCGAUCAAGGUCCAGCGGUUGAUCUCAAAGUUUUGCUACCUGAUCGCGAAGUCGUCACCGUGACUGUUCCCAAGGCGGCGUCCGUGAAAGACGUCUACGACGCAGUUUGUUGCCGAGUAGGCUUGGACGCAGAAACCGCGAAAUACUUUUACCUAUUUGAGAUUGUCGAAUACAAUUUCGAGAGAAAGCUGCAACCUCACGAACACCCGCAUACUUUGUACAUUCAAAAUUAUUCGACUGCCAGCGCAACAUGUUUGGCGAUAAGGAGGUGGCUUUUCACUGUAAAUAGGCCUCUGAGUGAACAGGCAUUGACUUGGAUAUUUUGGCAGACGAUUGACGAAGUGAAUAGAGGUCACAUAACUGCUGGAGAAAGGCUGUAUCAAUUGAAAGCUCUACAGGAUGCAUCGAGAAAGCACGAGUAUUUAAAAUUAGCGAGAGAACUCAGUGGGUACGGCGACAUUGUAUUUCCACAUUGCGCGUGCGACUCAAGGAAAGAGGGCCACGUGGUACCAGCAGUGGGCAUGGCGACCUUCAAGUUGCAUGCCGCGAAGGAAGACGGUACCCUGGAGUCACAGGUGGUCGAAUUUCAAUGGAGCACCAUCACCCGGUGGGAAGUGGACGAGGAUGGAAUGGCAUUCUGCUUCCAAUACACGCGCCAGGACAAUCGUCCACCCCGUUGGCUCAAGGUCUUCACUCCUUACUAUACGUUCCUCUCGGAUUGCUUCGAUCGAAUAGCCGAAGAAGCGAAAUGGGAUGACCCAGGGGAAUGACGUAACGUACGACGCUAAGAGGUAUCCAGUGUAACUUUUGAGAGUCCUUUCACGGGAUAUCUCGCACUCAUCUCUCCGUAGUCAAAAUUUUUUCUUAUUAGAAUUAGGAUAGUCUUUAGAAAUGGUUAACAUAGUACCUUUAGCAUAUCAAAUUUUUUCAUCUGUUAGCUUUGCCGAACGUUUCCAAUGCUGUACACCGAGAGAGCCCACCGUCAUCAUUGGAAAAAUAAAACGUGUGCGAAUGUAGAUACAUAUACAUCCCAGUGAAACAGUGCUGUUAUUAGAGAAACAAAAUUCGAUGGAUUAUUGCGACGCUCGCAAGUAAUCUGGAACGAGAACGAAAUGUGAUGUAAAAUAUAAACUUGGAUUUAUCAUUGAUGCCACGCUCGUCCAUGAUCUAGUGAGGGAAUCUUGACAUAGAACGGUAUUCAUAAUCCAUUCUUAUUUCAAGAUCGUCUUAAGUAAUAUCUUAAGAUACUAAUACGGUCCUCUUAUUAGUUCGUGACAUCUUAAAACUUAAUUAUUACUUAAGACAGUAAUUAUUAAUUAAACUUAAAUAUAAGAAUGGUCUAUGAAUAUGUAGCUUGAAUUCAGUAUGCAAGAAAAUAAAUCUUUUUUUUUUAUGCAUCGAUAUAGCUGGGACUUUUGUUUUGUCGAUGAAACACGUGCCGUUUUCUCCUUCGUUACGAUGAAAAAAAUCGCGCACGCGAUAACAUAUAAGAGAAUUACAUUAGUGUAUAGAUACAUAGACUAUUACUACGGGGAUACGAUCGUAUCCGCCUAGAGAAACUACCUAUCCUUCUGGCCUAUGAAUUAUUAUGUAUACAGCACGCAACUCGUUUUCUAACGAGAAAAUCGAUCGUCUUAUGUAAAACGUUCCUCCUUCUUCGCCUAACAGACCCGAAACUCUCUUUCAAUGAAUCUGCGUAUCGAUCGUGCGUUUAAAGAACAGAAAUAAUACCCUGUGCAUUUUCUAAUGUGCAAUAUUUUAUAAAUCAAUCAUAAUCUGUCAAUUCGUUACGCAGGAUAUUUUAAAACGAAAGGCGCCGCUUUCGCACGUUUAUGAAGAAUCUCAAUAAUAUCGACAGCGCGUCCAUUUUAUCGCUGUGGUAGGUUUCAUUUUUUGCAAUUAAGAGUUUGUAUAAUGAGAAGCACUAGAAAUCUGAAACGUUUAAGAAAACAGGAAAGAUAGAAACAUAUCAUAUGCAUCAAUGGCUUUAUUAUAAGCAGAACCGAAAAUUCUUGUUUCUUUUCUUCUUUUUAAACUAUCCUGUGUAACAAACGAAUUCCUAAUACACGUGUGGCUACGGCAGGUACCAUAUGUCCCGUAAUCGAUAUAUAAUGUUAUCGAUCAGUCCUCUACACAUUUUGUUAAUUCAUUAGUGUGUAUAGCGUACUAGCGUUGAUAAAAAAUAGAACAAACUGUACAUAUUAACGUUAAAAAUAUAUACUUUUUGAGAAGAAACUUAGUUGUGUACGUGUGUAUGCGUGUGUGCGUUUUGAUAAGAUCAAUAAUUACUUGAUCGCAAGAUUAAUUAUAACUAGGUGUCGUGUUGUGCUGAAAACGAAAUGACGAUCUGAUUAUUACGCGAAAUUGUGAGAGUGAAUCGCAAGUGAACCGGAGAAUAAUUGUAAUAACAAUCGAGGACUAUUUUUAAAUCGAUGUUCUCGAUUCAGAAAUUCUAUCCCGGGCUACUUCCCUUUAAUGAAUUUAUAAAGAUACUGUACAAUAGAAAAUGCAGCAUUAAUGCUCAUCUCCGAUUAUAUAAGCAUGUACGGAAUUUAGUAAAAAAGAAAGAGAAACGUAAAAACUUGGAACAAUAAUGUAAUAAGGUCGCGUGUUUUCCUCUACUAUCUUAUAUGAAGAAAGAAUAACAAUACUCAUUAAUAAUGUUAAAAGAGAUAUUGAUAAUAAUAAUAAUGAGAUAUUAAUUAUAAUAACAGCAAGUAAGAAAAAACAUAAAAAUAAUGUUAGCACUACUCUACGUGUAGCGGGAUUUUGCGAAAGGCCGUAAUACGCGUUUUGGCAUAGAUAUCCACUUAUAGAAAGCGAAUAUAUGCGAGUUCUCACUUGCAUAUUAUAUCCUCAUGAUCAGUCGUUUUCUCUCUUCUUUUGUUAUUUUUUUCCGUUCCUACGUAUGCAUCCUGCCUUCUCGCAGUGCUUAAAUCCACUCGUUCUAAACAUGUCGCUUACUUAACUGCGAGCAGUUUUAGCAGAUAAUAAAUAGAAAGAUAAAUAUAUUAUUAUCGUUAAUGUUUUUAAACUUUAUUCAUGGAGUAUCGAGCGCAUGCGAUGAAUGGGAAAUGUAUGUGGCAACGUAAAAUCCAAAUGAGAGAAAAAAAUAUAUAUAUAUAUGCUUGCGACAGAGCAUAGUUAUGAUACUGUUAAUGAUAAUAGAAAUAUAGAACAUAAUAUAGCGUAAUUAUAUAAUCGAACGCGCGAGUAUCCGAGUGAACACACAUACGAAUCGAUCAACAUACGAUGUGAUAUAUUCGCGCGUGCACCUAGCUAUUCGGUCGAGUGAACAAGACGAUAAUGGUUUCUAUUGUUUUAUCAAUAGAAAGAGAGAGAGAGGGGGGGGGGGAGAUAAAUGUUUUUCGAAGGAACUGUGCAAAAUCUGUGAAUUAGCAAUACGUACGUCCGAAAAUGUUAUUAUUGAUGAUAAAUAAACCUUGAAUGAACCUUCGGGUAAUUAUCUAACGUUUAUAUAAUUUAGCAUCCGCAAACGAAAGAAUUAGUUAAUUACGCAAUUCUGUUGAAUAAUGUAUCUAAAUAAUACUUCCGCACGAUAUAUGUUUCUGAUCUUUUUGAUCAAACGAUAUCGCUGAAAUACGAGAAACUCGAAGGUCUCAUUGGUUAUUAUAUUACCGACAGCAGAAAGAUUCUCUCGAAGUACACAUCGAGACCUUUCUUAUAUUUUAUUGAUCGGUGAAGUAAUCGGACGAAUAAUUUUCGGAUCGGAAGAGAAAGUCUGUGGCAUCACGGAGCAGCCACGUGUUUGAAGAAUGGCAAUAAUAUUUAUAAAAAGACCUGCGUGUGUGUUAAUUGGUAGAGUUAAUUGGUAGUAAGUAUUUUUCGAGAAAAUCGGAGUAAUCGCAGGGAUACGUCCAAGUUGAAUUUGUGACUUCUGAUGCGAAAGAUCUGAAAAUAGUCAAAUUAAUGAUAUUUUGUACAGUUUUGUACAAUUAUCUUUAUCUUGCAGUAUUUUUAUUACGAUUCGGUUAUUGCCUUAUUGCAACUUUAGUGAUGUAAGUUGAACGAAAAUUGUCUUUCAUUUCGAGAAGCUGUUCGAUAAAAGUUUUGCUUACUUUGUUUUAGUCGCUUUUGCGAAAUAUCUCUCACUAGGAAAUUAACUAAUUUGUUAAAUAGUUUAUUAUCUCGUUAAUUAGCGUGUUAACGAGCCUGUCAAACACAGACUGGCGAAUUAGGUAAUAUAAUUUAAUUAUUAUUACAACACCAUAUCAUUACGGUUAACUCUUUAGGCGUUAAUUAAAAUAUUCUGUAUAACCACAUAGUACGUAAUAACAAAUGCUCCAAUUUACCGUAUAACAUCAGUUCGCGAAACAUUUGCUGUAAAACUAUAGUAUUUCGAAUUAGCGAAAGAGGUAUUAUUCGAUUUCUUUAUGAGCCAUUUUAUUGAGAAGCAUAUAAUAAAAACAGAA